UGGCCGGGCGAGCUUCAGCAGGUGAGCACGCCGGCGCCUCCCUCGUCCCGGAGAUGGAAGAGGCGCUGCAAACUUCGGGCGGCAGAGACGGAGCGUCGAACUGAGGCGGGGAGAGGAGUCAAGCCCCGGCGAGGGGGGCGAGAAGGGAAGCAAAGGCACGGGAGAUCGGUAAGUCCAAGCCCCACAAAAGUAUCUGGUCAAUCUAGGGAGGCAGGCGGGAAAGAACAGCCCCCCUUGGGUACUUGGAGGAGGGCAACUCCUGGCGUCCCUCCUCCAUCCAGGCGAGGCACCCGUCCCCGCCCUGCCUGGAGUGCCUGGAAAACUUGGACGCUUCUGCUCCCAUCUCCUCCACUCCUGCUUUCUAAGCAAAGGUCCUGGCGCUGCCAGUGCAGCUGCCCAGGGAGGCGAAAGGAGAGCUUCGCUCGUGCUUUGGCCACUCGAUCUCCACGGGGAGAAAAGGGUCAUCUGGAAACUGGCAGUUCUCUUCUCUGGUCCUCCUCUGUUUCGAAUUGAUGAGCGAGCCCUUGAGCAUUGCUUCGCACGGGGAUUCAGAGUGACAGGACAUAAACUGACGCGGGAAGAUGCGUGUGUGUUGGGUCCGUGGUAGCAGCCUCUGAAUGUCAUAAUGGGGAUGGGGAUGAUGGUAAUUAGCAUAGCUGUGAACGUUUCCCCCCUUUUUAAGGGAAAUUCCCUUAUUCCGAAUAGGAUUCCUCGCAAGAAAAGGGAAAAGUUGACAGCUAUGGUUAUUAGACACUAAGAACCUCAGGUUGCCGGCUACAAGCUACAGACUCCGCAGUCACCCUAUGGAAAUUUGUUGAACUCCGGCCGGAAUAACUGAAUUAUGAACUGCAGCAACAAAGCAUUCAGGAGUCGUCUGUAUUUAAGUGUUUGGCAAGCAUAUUGCUACACAUCCCUCUGCUUUUCUUGUUGUGCUUUGUUGCGUUCAACCUCUACCCUGCUCCGCCCCGUGUACAUCCCAUAGGAGGAGGUUAUCAAUUAAUAACGUACCAGCCAGCUCUGCAAGAAUGCUGGGUGGAUUUUUAAACAGCUAUUAUCAUUAUUAUUGAAGGCUGGGGAAGGAAGUGUUUUGUGCAUCAAACUUACUUCAACCCAGGAUAACGUCAGCUAGCAGUAAUGCUUUUUUAAAAGCAGGCCAUAUGGCAUAAAUAACGGAUCAGAUUGUUUGGAGCAUCAAAAUCAUAGUCUUUCCUUCUUUAACUCCUGCCUUUCUCAACAGCUCUGUAUUUCUUUCAAACAAGCAGCUUCUCUUCAUUGGAAGAAAGUUAGUAACACAUUGCAAACUUUUACAUUAGAAGGUCACUUUAAGUUUCUGUUGGGUGAAAGCAGAUCCCAUGGAAAUCAUCAGGAGUCUCUUCUGAGCAAACAUGUUUAUAGAUGAGUUUGUAGAAAUGUUUGUAGAUAAGUUUGCUUGUAAAGAUGGUUUGCUAGAGUGUAUUUGAGAUGUGGAAUGGACGCAUUGACCUGGUGUGCAUGUCACAUUAAACUGUCGGAUUUUUAAAUAGGAAGUUUCACUGGAUUUCAAUAAAUACAAAAUUAAAUCUCUUCCCAGCAGUAACAAAUUGCCCCUCCUUGCUUAAGUUGGACAAAACGGUUUCAACAGUGGAGUUCAUUGUUCCUUAACCAAUCAUGUGCACGUGGUGGAUGCCAGAUUGUAUUAUUUUCAUCUGAGAAAGUUGUAAAUGGAUGCCAUAUUUCAAUAUAGUCAUUAACAUCCUGAGAGCCUUUACCCAUUUCAUCAGCUUUCCAUCAAAACAACCAUCCAUAUUUUCUGUCUUCUAAUACAAGCUGCAGGUGUUCUCCCAAGUUCUUCCAGUUCUGUGUUAAUCAAUUCAUUAUUGUGAAGUAAAAUGUUGAGGGGAUAAAAAAAAAGAGGCAGAACAAAAAGUACCAGAGAUAAUGGACACCCUUAUUUGGUCCCUCAAAAUAUAGAAAAUAAGUCCCUGUUAUUUAUCUGGACUAUAGAUUCUGUGAGCCUAUAAAAUUGUUAAGAGGCCCCUCUUACCCUCACACUGAAGGACAUUCAUAUUCUUACGAGUCUGUAAAUUCCUGGGUCUGAUAAAAGUGAGAACUAAUCAAGCUUUGGGGAGUUAAAAUGUGCCAAACAGCUUAUGUUAGAAAUACAAGCCAGGCCAACCUGAUGAUGGCUUGCUGAGUGAGAGUUGUUAGGGGUAUAAAGCUUAAUGAUGGCCAAGUCAAAAAGAGGCAGGGUGAUUAACAAAGUACGUAGUUAUUCUGUGCCAAAAGGCAGAGGGAUGUGAGCCCCUCCUUCAUCUAGAGAGGUAGCUAGCAAGAGACAAAAGGCCAGAGGUUUUAGGAUGGCACUUGGCAGUGAAGUACUGGCAAGAAACUGUGGCAGGCUGUGAAACAGAUGGAGAGCAUGGCUGAUUUCUCUGUUGGAUCCAAGUUCACUUUGUCUAUGGGAGAAGCAAGAGACCCCCUUGGAGUGUAAUGCUGGGAACCCCUUCACAGUAGGCUCAGGUGGUCUUAACCAUAUAUCAUAAACACGCCACAGUCUCCGCUUUGCCUCCUUUACAAAAGGAAACACAAGCCCUGAGAAAGUGCUUGGAUUCCUGCUCAGAGAUUGGCGUGUAACAAUGGAUGGUGUGUAACAAGAUUAAACCAUAGGUUAUGCUAACCGUGGUUUAAUGUCGGCGUGGCCAAUGUAGUGUCCUGCAGUUGUUGUUGGACUCCCUUUGGCCCCAGCCAGCUUUGUUAGUGGUCAGGGAUCAUGGGAGCAGACAUUUGAAGCAACAUUUGGAGGGCAUCACUUCCCUGUUUACUGUGAUGUGUGAACCAGGCCAUUGCAGAAUGAGUCCAGCAGGAGUUCUAAAAUCCGCAGAGCAGCGCUGGAAUAUGGAUUAUGAGAAGCAUGAUUGCAAGAUGUUUUUGUGCACCCAUUCGAGUUAAAAAAACAGCAUUAGCGAAAACCAGCGUGCUUCAGAAUAGGUGAAAGAAAGAGAGACAGAGAGAAAUAAUGAGGAUUUUAUAUACAAUACAGUAGGAUUCUUAGUAACAGCCACAUCAAACACCCUCGUUCUUUCCAAUUUCUGGCAUUUGUUAACCAAAUGCAAUUUCUCCUCUGCUUGUGUUGUUGGAUUCUUGAAGUAUCUUUAUUUUUUCCUCCUCCCCUCUGGUGCUGCUACCCAAAAAAUGCUUCCUUGGAUGAAGCAAACUCAGCAGAGCACUUUAACAAGGAUAUAAAGAAAAGAUGGUGUCAAGAGAAGAAAAAACAUUAUCUGAUCAUUUUCUAGCCAAAAGGAGGAUGAAAAGCUUGAUGAAAAGAGAGAUAUGGAAGAUGAAGUUUUGUAGAAAAAUGAAGCAGCCUUUCAAUACAGUUUUUUAAAAUACUGUAAUUUUUCGUCAAAUAAAUUUUAACAUGCUUUUUUCUUAAUUGGGCGUAAAUGCAGGGUUCUUUGAAUUGUAUGUUAUGCAUCCUAGCUGUAUGCUACAUGCAUUAUUAGCAGACUUUGUAAUUAUAUGUUUAUUUACAGUGCAGCCCUGUAUAUGUCUGUUGAAGGGUAAGCCCCAUUGAGUUUACUGGGACUUAUUUUUACCUAGGUGAGUUUGGGUGAUUUUCAACGAACCUGCAAGGAUUCACGAUUCCUAGUUGUUUAGCAAUGGUAACAACGAAAUUACUUUUUCCACUUAAGUGGGGCUGCUGAAAUGAAGAAAGCUAUCUAGGGUUUAUCCUUUGUGUGAAAGGACUGCAACCUCAGUUCAUUUCUGGAAGUGAAAACAAAUACCAAGGUUCAGAAGCACCCUGUUAUUGAAUUCUCACUGGCCCACUUCACACAUAAUGUUAGGUCAAGUCAUAUCUAAGUGUGAAUGAGUGACCCACAGCAACUCAUAGUGGCCCAGACAAACCACAAGCUCAGAUUCAGAUGAGCUUUGGCUGUGGCUACCUGAAUACUCACUCGUUCAUGGAUAGCCAUGGUCUGGCUUCGUGUUAUUUGCAAACUAGAACAAUAUUGUAUCUUUUACACUUGGAGCUUGUUGGUGAAUCUUGGGUUGUAGGCAAGGGAAGUAGACGCAACAAGUUUGAAGUCUGCUCCAUUAUGUAGUUCAGCACACUGGCUUCUACUUUAAUAGUCCUCAGUGGGACCAACUUCUGAGUAAACAUGGCUAGGAUCAGGUUUCAGUGGUUUUCCCCACCCUUUCCAUAAGGGACACUAAAACAACCUUUUAGCAAUGGUUUCAUUCCUUGUGUGCAAAUGUGAUUUCUGGUCACCCAUGACACAAGUUUCCCACCUUACUUGUGCAGGAAGAUAGUUUUGCAUCUACAUUUCAGCCAUGAUAUACUUUUGUUUCACCUGUUCACAGGUGUGAUUGACUUAAAGUAUAUUAUUACUAGUCCUGUGACCGCCACCAUCCGUACCACAGAGAUGUAACUUUUACAGCUUGAGAAGCCUCAGCAAAGGUAAUGCAGAUCAGCUGGGGAGGUGGUGAUGUUUGCAAGAGAAUGAAAAAUUUCCCAGCCACAAGUUUCUAAGGGGACAUCCAUGGCAUACCUUUCCCAGUCUGGCUCUUGUGUCUUAAACUGAAGUGUGGGAAGAGGGAUGAAACUGGGAGCUUCCUCCCUGCCCCCCUUUUGACAGCCAAUAAGCAUGACUCUUUCCAUGUUUAUUACCUGUUACAGGGCAUUCCUGUAACAGGUGGUGUGGAUGGGCAAGGAGAUGAACCAGAGGGGGCUGAAGUUGUGGCCAGAUAUGGACAGUGGGGGUUGGACACAUGGUAGAUGCUGAUCUUCUUAAAAGUUGCUGCAUAGAUGUACUCCAAGGCAGAGUUGGCCAGCUUCAGGAUUCUUAGGGCCCCUUCUGUUCUUCAUAUAGUUUUUGAGUAAAGGGAGAAAGGGGCUCUUUCUAUAACCGGUCCCCUUCACAGGUGAUCAGGUUUCAUAACAAGUUCAGUGUCAUCCAGCAGCAAUAGCUUUACAGGGUCAGAGUGAACAACACACAGGAGGCACACAAAUCAAGCCUUCCUCUGAUCAUUUUAAAAAUGAAAACCUGUGUCUGGGCUGCAGUUUGGAGCAGGGGAGGGACUGCUUAACUAUUUUUGGAAAACACCAGGGUAGUGGAAAAACGGCAAGAAGCAAAAGGUUUAUAAAGUCCUCUAGAUACAAUUUUCAGUAACUGGAAUGCAUAGGGCUUUUAUAUUUUUAAGAUGAAAUGCAGAGGCAGACUUGCUGAUUAGGGGUGGGGAGAGCCACUCUGCUAGCUUCCCAGCAGGUGCAUUGCUGUUACUUUCUCAGAAUGAGAGGGUGAGGUGGUGGGAAGGUCAGCACAGUGCAAACACACUGAUGCAGCCAACCUGGUGUUCCUGCUGAUGCAUUUGCACCAUGCCAAGCUUCCACCGCAUCACCACUCCAGCAAACCAACAGCUGGAAAGCUAGUGUAGCGGCUUUGCCCCACUGAUGAGCCACUUCUGUUGAAAUGCAAAUUGCUUUUUUGUUGUUUUGUUCAUUAAAUGAAUGAAAAAGUAAAAGAAGUCCACUGUGUGGCUAUUCCUCUCCUGCCACCUGAAGCCUCUUGAGCAAGGUUGGGGAAUCUGUGCCCUCCAGAUGUUGGUGGGCUCCCAAAUCCAACCCAGGGGUGAUGGGAGUUGUAGUCCAGGAAUGCCUGAAGGGUCACAGUUCCCCUGUUCCUUGAGUUUGCUUUGGGUUUAAAAAAAGAAAGAAAAUGGAGAAAAGAGCACAUAGCUGCAUAUGGUAUUUACUGCUUCACAAUUAUAAAACAUGGCCACUUGGGUAUUGUUUGUGCCUUACAUAUAAAACAAACCUUAAAAUAAAGGAAUUCCUCUGACACACAAGUUUUUAAACCCCUUAUCUCUUUGAAUGAGGAAAGCUAAAGGCAACCUUUUUUACUUCAUUAACAUUUGGUGUGACCUUGGCAGCAGAUGAAAUUGCUUUGUAGGCUGUCCCUGGUUAAAGGCAUAGAGUAGGAUAAUCAAUGCAUUAUUAAGGAUGUGUAGGAAAUGAAUGGCCACAAAUUCCUUUGGCGACUGGGAGUUCACCCCCAUCCCUAGAAAAACCUGCAGUUGUGCUUUGCAGCGCAGCAAUCCUGAGUGGCACCACCAUUUUUUUGCAAGCCAUAAUACAUUUGCUCCCCAUGUAUUGUAAACAUAAGGAGCAGGGCACAUAAGUUAACAGAAUGUAGCCUACAAAUGCAUUGCUAUUGGGAAAGGCAAUAUAGAAUUUCAAUAGGUCUAGAAUGGUUCAUUAACUUCUAAUUGACUCAGGCUAGGGCUUGCCUUCAUACAGAGGAGCAGCUGGGGAAAUAAUGCCUGAGGCAUGUUCAUCUGACACAGAGUGGGUUCAGGUAACAAUAGUACCACCAUGGUGGUUGCCUUUUCACUCUGCAGGGCUAUGUCCAUCCGAUAAAGCCACUGGCUGUAGCGACUGGAAACAUGGCAAAUGUGUGCCUUGCAUAUUUGUUGCCUUGUGGAAAUAUGAGGAUGGCAAGACUGUUAGCUUGCCAACUUAUUAUUAGUGUUACCAUGCUCUGUUGCUUCAUUUCAGGUCUUCUCUCGUCCACAUGCAGUUUGCAGGUGUUGAUAGCAGCUGCCGCCAGCCGUGCCUUGAAACAGAGGAUUACCAACUCUGCGGCAGAGUAGAGUGCAGGUGGGCAACGUGUGGUUUGGGAACUAAUGAGGCCCAUAGCCCGCUUUUAUACAUCCUGCGGCCUAAUUUUAUGUGGGUGGCAAUGAGGGAGGAAAUGGAUGGAAAGAUGAUGGCAGAGAGAGAGAGAGAAUGAAAGGGCUGCUAGAAAACAAGAGGGGGGAGGUGCUGUCCUGUCACACAUCCUUGGUUCAAAUUCUCCCCACUUUUGUUUCUGGCUCUGCUCUCUGCUGGUGUGCAGCUUCCAACAGAUUACCUCCCAAGGGAAUGCAGAAAAAGGGUUAUCCCACUUCUGUGGGCACUGCUGGAGGAAGGUGUGUGUGUAUGUGUGUGUGUGUGUGUGCAGUGCGGACGCUCCGGGUGUCAUCACUGAGGUUGUGUGUGUGAUGUGGUAGCUUGGGCAGGCGCCUGAAGGCUCUGCGCUGCCUGAAACAGGAGCGUGGGAUUUGCAUCUGCUCUCCGCCUCUCCCUUCGCUGCCCUACAGCUGAGGGGGAGAUGGCAGAGAGGCUUCAUGCAGUGAGUCGCACCAGGCACCCGAGCAGCUAGUUACGCCGCUGCCUGUGGGAAAGGAUUCCAACUUUCUGUUAGGUACCUUUGAUUACAAAGAAGUGUCCUCUAUAGUUCUGUUCAGCAGCUACAAGGUUAAUUCAGUUUACUGAAUGGGGAUAUACACUUUCCUAUAUUUCUUGGUAGAAUAUAUAUUUUUAAUUGGUACUCAUCAAAAGCUACGCAAAAGGUCUUACCCAAUACAAAGUAUCUUUCUAUUGCACAACAGAGUAAAAGAAAUACUUUAAAAAUCUGAUCUAAAAACGAACAGGAACAAAAGGAAGAAAAAAGUGGUGAGUGGAGGAAAAAAGAAAGAAAAAGGUAAAAAGAGAGAGAGAAAGAAAAGAACAUGGAAAGAUAAAAAGGUUCUCUGUCCAUUGCAUAUAGUAUUCACUCAUUAACAUCCAACUAUUCUAUUUUCUAUGAGCCAAUGUUUUUUUCAAUCUUCUAAUCCAGAUAUUACAAGUUUGUUUUCUCAUUCAAGCAGAAAAGCCCGCAAGAAGUUUCCAAUCCUUAAUAAAUAUCAGUAAUGUUUUUUCUCUAAUUAAACACAUUAAUUUUGCCAUCUCUGCUAAGUCCGAUAAUUUUAUCAACCAUUCCUUCAUAGUAGGUAGGGCUGUAUCUUUUCCAUACUUGGCUAUAUUUCUGAAUGGUUGUGGGAGCCUCGUAAAUUGCUCCAGGUAAUUAAUCACAUUUCAAACUGGCUUCCCCUCUUUCCACCCUGUGGGUGCUUCCACACAAAGUGCCAAGGCACUGUUUUUCCUCAGUUUGCAGAAAGUGAUAUUGAAUACCACACCAAGUUAUUCAGUGGUACCCUUCCCCCUGGCCCAAGAUCCUUAUGUGAUGUCUAUUCACAAGUAAGUUCCAUACCCAAAACUCAUGGAAAUACUCUUAGCAAGUUCAGUCUGUUUUCUUGCUUUUUGCUGGUCUAUGCUCUGGGGAUCAGUGGUGAAUAGUUUCUGAUAUGCCACUUGAAUAGCUUCUCUAUCCAAAACAGCCUGAAUGCCCUUUACAGUUUUUGCAUAUGGGGGUGAAUACAUCACUUCUAAAAAAAUCAUUAUUUUGCCACAUAUGAAAAUUAUACUACAGUGGUACCUCGGCUUACAUACGCUUCAGGUUGCAUACGCUUCAGAUUACACACUCUGCUAACCCAGAAAUAGUGCUUCAGGUUAAGAACAUUGCUUCAGGAUGAGAACAGAAAUUGGGCUCCGGCGGCGUGGCGGCAGCAGGAGGCCCCAUUAGCUAAAGUGGUGCUUCAGGUUAAGAACAGUUUCAGGUUAAGUACAGACCUCCGGAACGAAUUAAGUACUUAACCCGAGGUACCACUGUAUUAAUAAUCGUAAAUCUCUCUCACACACCCAGCAAGAAGAGAAACUGACAUUGGGGUAAUUGUAGAGAUGUUAUUCAAGGGGCAAAACGGAUCUUAUUCAUUCUUCCUCCUCCAGCACAGAUUAAGAAGAACCAAUAUGAUGGGCUGAGCUUUCUAAGAGGAAGCAUUUAAUUUAAAUGCAUAGGUACCCUGAAAACUUUAAUAGGGUUUAACUGGUUGAAACUAUAUGAUAAAUUGGUAACCAAAAAAUACCUUUUCUAUUUGGAAUAAUUUAAAAAUGCCCUUGUUUGUGUUGCAACGGUGAAAACCUGGAUUUAGGAAUUCUAUCCCCACAGUUCAGGAUGUGUUCUCAUGUAAUGAGGAAGACUUAUAACAUCUUGUUCAUAUAAAUGGGGGUGUUAAAGCAGAUGGUCAGUGCAAUCCUAUAAUAUACCUACAUGGAAGGAAGUCCCAUUGAAUUCAGUGGGAUUUACUCCCAGAUAAGUCAGUAAGAUUGCAGGCUCAAACAGUCUAGCUUUAUACACUUGCUCAUUUUCAUGUCUCUCUUGAGCUUAUUCUCUCAAGCUGAUAAUAAACUGAAGAGUUUUGACAACUUUAGCAUUGGUUAGCAAUACUCGUUCACUCUUUACUGCUCUGCUUAUAUAUAAACUAAAGGCAGAAGUUUCCCCCCCUUUCUUUGAUCGUACUUUGAAAGGUUCUGCAGCAGAGAAAAGGGGAAUGUUUUCUUCUCCUCGAAAUACCACUCCAAGUGCAGUCCACUGCCAAAGAAACAUUACCUCAGGUUAUUUUUAAUGUGUUUUUAAAAAUUUAAUUUCAAAGUCAACGUUGUAUAGAAAAACUCCUCGGUAUUAAACAUGCUUUCUGUUCCCUUGUUGUUUAUUGCAGGGUACAGCUUGUACUCCUGAAAGCUAGCUGCUUUGCUACACUGACCUUUUAAAGGGACAGGGGGGAACUUCAUGUUUCAGUUCUGUUUAGAUGGUUGUAGAUGUGCCUGUUUUUUCUGUCACUCUGUCACUCUUUUCUAGAGUUUAAAAGAAAAUGUGUGGUGUCCAUGACAUGUAGCUUCUAAAAUUCUCCUGAUACUUUCAAAUCAUCAGUAUCAUGAGCAGCAUGCUGAGAGUCACAAAAAUGAACUAAAUUCUAGCAGUAGCAGCUGGGAAGUGCUUCCUAUGUAUAUUUCCUGGGUAUGAAGAGUACUAUGUGUGUACAUAUGUGUUUAUUUAUUUCAAUUAGAGCCCACCUUUCCUCCAAGGAGCUCAAGACGACAAAUGUGGUUCUCUCUCCACCUUCCUUAAUUUUAUCCUCACAAGAACCCUGUGAAGUAGGCUAAGCUGAGAGACGGUGGCUGCCCCAAGGCCACUCGGCCAGCUUCAUUGUCAUGUGGGGACUAGAAUCCUGGUCUUUCUGGUUCUAGUCUGGCACUUUAACCACCACAAAACACUGGCUCUGCUUGUGGGAAAAUCACAUGAGGUGACUGACUUUAGCUUUCUGCAUCAGUUGAUGAGCCAGUCAGCUGACCUCCUGCCACUGCUGCUUAUCAGAAAGUGGAGGAAAGAGGUUGGCACAGUGGAAAUGUACUGGCAAGAACACUGGAUUGACACCACUGAUGUGUUCGUACCGCGCUGACGUCACUGCUGCCACCUUCCCUCUACUUCCAAGUAAACGGCAGCAAUAGGGGCAGCAGGUCAGGUGUGUGCCAUUGCCCUGUUCUGUAUGUAUCUGGUUCAUGAAAUUCAUUUUCAGUGAGUUGUGUAGCUGAGACCUAUAAUUUUAUUUGUAUGUUUUCAUGAACGAUCCAUUAGAGUUCCUCUCCAAUGAAUUUUGCCUUAUGCAGUUCAAAAUCCUUGGCUGUGAGGGGCAGAGAAGCAGUCUAGAGGUAUUUAAAAGCAUUGCUACAUGCUUUCUGCUGAAGCUGAAAUGAUUCCACCCCCAUCCUCAAAGUUUUUCUGUAUUCAUGUCAUUGGGGAAUAUUCCCUGAAAUUUCUUUGACUAUGCAAAUAUUCUACAUUCUGAAAUAGGAUUUGACAUUUAAUUUUCAGUAGAAGGUCAGGACACAUUGAUAAUGUCUGACAUGUAGCACUCAACAUUUGAUAGGAUCUGAGAGCUGACAUACAGUACCAGCCAAUGUUUGCCAAUUAGAACUGUACAACAUCUUCCCAGUUAUUGUGGAUAUUUCUGCCUGGCCUAACAUUAUCAUCACAUGUACAGGACAGCUUCUGCCAAAGCUGACACACGAUUUGGGGGAGCAGCAAAUGGUUUGUUUACAUCUUACUUUGCAUCCUAGAAAAGUGGCUUAUCAUUGCCCGUUGAAAGGGCUGGCUGGCUUUCUGUUGUUUGUGGUGUCUGGCUGUUGCUUAAAAGACCAGCCUAGGAGAAGAGGAAUCUCAGCUCCCAGUACAGUGCUGUGAUGGGAAGAAAAAUGCAGCAGAGAACAGUUUCUCUCACCACCACAGCACUCAGCUUGUGAGAGAGGAACCUCUCCUCAUAACAUAACAUUGUGAUGGGAACACUCCCCUGCUUCUCUGCAGAUCAACAGGUCAUAGUAUCUGAAAGCUGUGUGUGAUAAGAAUGUGUAUAUUAUGUCUAUAUUAAAGAUGAAGCAACUGAGUCUGAAAUAUAUUUGCUUGCCUAGGGCCCCUAAGAAUUCAGGGCUGAGGUGCAAUUUGAAGCAGGGACCUCCUAGUUCAAUUCAUUUAACCAACACCCUACCUUGGGGUAAACCUCCUGACUUUGCCCUUUUUUAACAUGUCCAUCAUCUUGGUAUUCUUUGUAGGGGAAGAAUACGGCUUGUGUGUUGAAAUUUGUCACACCUACAGAGAACAUGGGGCUGAUGGGAGGAUCCAAAAUUAUGGAGAACCGGACAAGACUAACUAAAACGGACCUCUACUCCAGGCUGAACUUGCCACCAGGCUUCGAGCAUCCCUACGAUGACCUCCUUGCUGACCCCAAGCGAGAUCUGAAGGAUAGCACCAAUUUGGUGGAGGUGCAGAUCGUCCUCAUCUGUGCCUACUGCGUCAUCAUUUUGCUCGGGUUAGUGGGCAACUCCUUGGUGAUUCAUGUGGUGAUCAAGUUCAAGAGCAUGCGCACGGUGACCAACUUCUUCAUUGCCAACUUGGCCGUGGCUGAUCUGCUGGUGAACACGCUCUGCCUGCCGUUCACGUUAGUUUACACAUUGCUGGGAGAAUGGAAGCUGGGUCCUGUGCUGUGCCACCUCGUGCCGUACGCCCAAGGCCUUGCCGUUCAGGUAUCCAUAGUGACGUUGACUGUGAUAGCCUUGGACCGGCACCGCUGCAUUGUGUAUCACCUGGAGAGCAAAAUCUCCAAGAGGAUCAGCUUCUUGAUCAUUGGGGUGGCCUGGGCUGUCAGUGCCAUCUUGGCCAGUCCUCUGGCUAUCUUCCGGGAGUAUUUCUCCAUUGAGCUCAACCAGGACUUCAAGAUCGUGGUCUGCGCUGAGGCCUGGCCCAGGGAAGGGCUGGUCAAUUACAGCACCAUCUACAGCGUCUUGAUGUUCCUGAUCCAAUAUGUCUUGCCUCUGGCCAUCAUCUCCUAUGCCUAUAUCCGUAUCUGGAGUAAGCUAAAGAACCACAUCAGUCCCGGGGCGGCAGGGGACCAUUAUCACCAGAGGCGUCGGAAAACUACCAAGAUGCUGGUGUGUGUUGUGGUGGUGUUUGGGGUCUGCUGGCUGCCCUUCCACAUCUUUCAACUCGUCAGCGAUAUUGACAGCAAUGUGCUGGAUUUGCAGGAAUACAAACUGAUCUACACGCUCUUUCAUGUCAUUGCUAUGUGCUCCACUUUUGCCAACCCGCUCUUCUAUGGCUGGAUGAACAGCAACUACAGAACGGCUUUCCUGACUGCUUUCCGGUGCGAACAGCGGCUGGAUUCCAUCCACCCAGAGGUAUCACCUGCACUGAAAGCCAAGAAAAAGCUAGAAGCCAAAGAGGAGCAUUGCAAUGGACCCCCGUUUUCACAGCCUACAAGUGUCUAGGGGGUCAAACUAGAUGUGGCAGUGGGCAUACACAUACACAUACCCGUCGCUCUCUCUCUUUUUGCAGCUAACAGGUAUGGUGGUGAUAUGGAUUGGGACCAGGGGCAGAGGGGGAGAAAAGCCAUUUAAUCUUUCCCCUGUCCAAUCUUCCUGAUGGAAAUUGCUCCUCCCAGCUAGCAUUUGCCCUGAUAGGAAAAGCAAAAGUGCAAGUAGCAGAUGGUGGGGCAGGGGGUCAUGAGUAGGAAAACAAUGUAGGCAGAAAGGGUUAAGCCCUUUCCCCUUGUGGAUCUGAUCCAAUCCUCACCCAAUUUGCAUUUGCACUGAUUUUAAAGAGAGAGAAGUGCAUUCACACAUCUCUAUUGCAUUUCUUGUUUGACCCUAAGAAAGCAGUGAAGCUGGACAAAGAAUGUGAGUGAGCGCAAGGGGAAAUAGUUUGAUGCUGAUGUAUUGUUGGGUGUGCUUAGAUGUGCUGCUGAUUCAUAGAAAGCUUAUGAACUGGGUGCAAUUUGAGAACGUUCCCUACAUUUUCAAGGCCAUUUGUCAUCAAGUAUAACGUCAACUCCAAAGAACUAUAAAAGACUAAGCCGGUGUUUGGUUGUGUACAGUGAAUUCAGAAGCACAGCCAGCAGUAACGCAGAAGAAAAGGGUUUGCCAUUGUCAAUGCAUAUUUUAAAAAGCGAGGAGACAAGACAUUGUUAGUUGGAGGCAGAUGACAAUAAACAUUUGACUGCUUGGAACAUUGCACAGUCCUUUUAGGCCACAGGAUCAAACUACCCUCUAGUAGCAAAGCUGCAACUGGUUGCUGAAGUUGAAACUUGCUGCAUCUUUCUUUAUGAAAGAAGUGGGUUUCCUAAAAGUCGUAGUGUACUAUGGUUUCUCCCCCCCCCUUUGAUUUACGUGAAAGUUGUGUUCCCCUGUUGAAGUUAAAAACAAGGUCAGCGAAAGAUCUAUCUUUUAGCCACUUGCAAUGAAAUUCUGGAAGGCAAACCACACUUGAAGUUUGUAUAAUGAAAGUGGUACCCAGCUUGGUAUUGUGCAAUCUGCUACUGAUGGAUUGAGCACCUGCAUGGCAUUCUGUGAAGUAUAUGUGCCAGCUUGGCCCUGCAACCGUGGAUGCCUGGGGCUGUGGGUGACAUGCAGUGUGCAUGGCCCUGGCACUGAAAUUUGUGGGUGCCCGGCCCUUUCAUGGGGAAUUUUGUGGGUGCUUGGGCACCCAGGACCUCAGGGAGUUUGCACUUAUGCUGUGAACUGUUUUUGCAGUCCUUUUUGGGAAGGAGAAGGUCAAGGGGGAGAGCUUUUCAUUAAAGUUGUCCAAACUUUUCUGCAAUUGGUUCCGACAGAAGCGGACAUAGUUUUCUUUGUUCCUUUACAAUGAUUUUGUACUAUUCAUCCGCUUACCAAUAGCACUAUGCUUAUUUCUUCUGCUAAUUUAUUUUAGCAGAGACCAAAAACUGCCCCUCUCAAUGAUCUUAGCACUUAGCUAUUUUGCAGUUCUGUCUUGUACCCCCUCCCUCUGCCUUUUCAGACCAGUGUUGCCAAAAAUUUAACAGGAUGCACUGGGGUACUGCGGUACCAAUUCAUAGUCUUUCAAACAUUUUAGUUAAAAAUCUGAGCCUGCUAAUGGGAAGAUUAGUAAUGGGUGAGGAACUAAGAAGUCAAGCAAGUGUACUGGUGUGGAUCCCUGUUUAUUCUCAAGUCAAGUCUGGGUAUUUUGGGUGCAUGCAUGCCUUUAUGUGAGGGAACGGCAAAUGCUUGAUCUUUCAGGUAUCUUAUAGCCUGAUCCAUACCUGAGUGAUUGAAGGUAAUCCUGUUUAUUCUCAGUGGUGUUAAAUUGACUCGGAUCCUAGUAUUCAUUUUAAAUGGAUUGCAGAUUGAGCUUCUGGCACCGUUAACACAUCAUGUUUGAAACUCUUCCUGCUUUAUUGCUAGAUGCUAAAAAAGGACAGUAGAAAUGCUGCCCAUCCUGCUCAAUGGUAAUGUGUGUUUUUUGUUUUGUUUCUGUUCUUGUGGUUUGUGCUUUUAUGUCACGCAUCCUGCCUGGGAUCUGUGCCCAUCAUUGCACUCUGUGCAAUUAAAUACGUUCAAAUAGAAUGCAAGCUAGACAUCCGUAUGCUGCUGUGUAUACCACCAAAUGAAGUUUGCAUGUGUGUUUGUUAAGAGUUCCAUUCUGUUUGCUCAGGUAUAUGACUUGACUCUCCUGUAAAUGCACAGCUAUGAAUGGCAAUGCACACUUCUUCAGCAUAUAUGCUUUGCCUUUUUAAAAAACAACAACCCCCAAACCCCCUGG